GGUUGGGGGCUGUGUGGGGCUCGCUGUGGGUCCGAGGCGGGAGAGCGGUCCGGCGGGCGGGCGAUGGCCGGGGCCGCAGCGGGCGGCAGAGGCGGAGGUGCCUGGGGGCCGGGUCGCGGAGGGGCCGGGGGGCUCCGGCUGGGCUGCUCUCCUCCAGUCCCUGCCGGCUCCCCCCGAGCUGGUCUGCAGCCGCUCAGGGCCACCGUCCCCUUCCAGCUGCAGCAGCCGCACCAGCGCCGGGACGGGGGUGGCCGCGCAGCCAGCGUCCCAUGUUCUGUGGCCCCAGAAAAACCAGUGUGUAGGCCUCAGCCACCCCAGGUCCGACGUACAUUCUCCUUGGACACCAUCCUCAGCUCCUACCUUCUGGGCCAGUGGCCACGAGAUGCUGAUGGGGCCUUCACCUGCUGUACCAAUGACAAGGCCACCCAGGGCUCAUUGGAGGAGCUGAGCUGUCUCACUGGGUUUCUCUCCCUGCAGACCCCCCUAUCCUGGCAAGAGCUUGAAGGCGAGCGGGCCAUCUCCUGCACACACAAGCGCUCAGCAUCCUGGGGCAGCACAGACCACCGGAAAGAGAUUACCAAGUUGAAGCAACAGCUGCAGAGGACAAAGCUGAGCCGCAGUGGGAAGGAGAAGGAGCGGGGCUCCCCACUCCAAGGGGACCGUACUGUGCGGGGAGCACGGAGGGCGUCCCCUCCCAGCUUCCCUGCAGGGUCCCCUGUCUUGAGACUCAGCCCCUGCCUGCACCGGAGCCUGGAAGGGCUCAACCAAGAGCUGGAGGAGGUGUUUGUGAAGGACCAGGGUGAAGAGGAGCUGCUGCGGAUCCUUGAAAUCCCUGAUGGGCACCGCGCCCCAGCUCCCUCCCAGAGCGGCAGCUGUGAUCACCCCCUCCUCCUCCUGGAGCCUGGAAACCUUGCCAGCUCUCCCUCCAUGCCCCUGGCAUCCCCCCAGCCUUCUGGCCAGACCAGCCGUGAGGAGCACCGGGGUGCAGCCGAGGAGCUGGCGUCUGUCCCCAGCGACAAAGUCCCGCCCAGGAAAGCUGAGACUUCCUUUGGUGCCGCUCGACUCAGCCUUACUCUGUGUGCAGCUUCCUCUCCAGGCCACCCCACCUUCCUUGAAGAUGGCAGCCCAUCUCCAGUCCUUGCUUUUGCCGCCUCCCCUCGGCCCAAUCACAGCUAUGUCUUCAAACGGGAGCCCCCAGAAGGCUGUGAGAGAGUACGGGUGUUUGAAGAGGCCACGUCCCCAGGUCCUGACCUGGCCUUCCUGACUUCCUGUCCUGACAAGAACAAAGUCCAUUUCAACCCAACCGGCUCGGCCUUCUGCCCCGUCAGCUUGAUGAAGCCCCUCUUCCCCAGCAUGGGCUUCAUCUUCCGUAACUGCCCCUCAAGCCCGGGAUCCCCCCUGCCCCCUGCCAGCUCCAGGCCACAGCCUCGGAAGGAUCCAGAGGCCUCCAAGGCCUCCUCGCUGCCCUUUGAGCCGUGGCAGCGCACCCCACCAUCAGAAGAGCCUGUGCUUUUCCAGAGCUCCCUGGUGGUCUGAGGAAGCUUUACCUCCACUUUCCCAUGGAGACAGUGCCUUGGUGGCAGGACCCUCCCUAGCGCCCCUGAGGCGGGGGAUGAAGGAGCCCUUCCCUCUCGGCCUUCGAGCACUUUCGUUUAUUGUGUCAAAGCCCUGGGUCCUCUUUCUGAUGAACACUGGCCCCUUCAAAUGUGAGGGGCCCUGCUUUAUCCACUAAUAGCUGGGCAGCUCACAAGUCACACCUGUGUUCUUGCCACCUCUCUCCCUUGGUGGAAAACUCACCCAGAAGGUCUUGGGUCUCCCACUCCUGGGUAUGAGUCCAAAGGGCUGUGUACAGGACCCUUGUGUUUAUCAUGGAGUGAGCUGGCCAUGGUUGAAGGAGAGGGGACACCACAGAUUUCCCUCCCUCUCCUUCAGACAUAGACAAGGAGAUCCAAACACAUACCCCCAUCCUCUCAGUCCCAUCCGCAUGCCACCCUCUCACUGGAGGAGCUGACCAAAGCAGCCUGAAAGGGCCAUGACACUUGACCAAUCCAGCUGCUGGCAGAGGGGGAACCAGGUGUUUUCCCAAGUGGCAUUUUCAUCUCGCUUUCACCCUAAGAUUGUCUUAAGUAGCAGCCCAGCCUGCCCAGCCCCAGGUGGGUCGUGGGGGAGAGGGAGAGCUGGCAUUCCUCUGGGUGGCAAGUGGCGACUCUCCACCUGCCCCAGGACUGGGUUGGAUUAGGAAAAUGCCUAUUUUUCUUGUAUCGAUGUAGAAACUCUAUUUUCUCCCAAAGACACUAUUUUUGCAGCUGUUUGAAGUUUGUAUAUUUUCCGUACUGCAGAGCUUACACAAAAUUGAAGAAGAAUGUUAAUGUUCAAGUUUUAUUAUCUUGUGUUUAGAAGUUUUUUUUUUUUUUUUUUUGCAGAUCUUGGUGUUAAUAGACCAAAUAAAUAAGUAUUCCCAGCA